AUUGUGAAAAUUCUGGAAAGAUGCCGAGCAGUUGUUGCAUUCCGAAAUGCAAAAAUACUACAAAAAAUGGUUUUCAUUUAUUCAGAUUUCCUUUGAAUCGUUCGGAUAUUUUAAAAAUGUGGAUCAAUGCUAUUGGAAGAAAUAAUUUUAAACCAACGAAAAGCCAUUUAAUCUGUAGUGCUCAUUUUGUAGCUACAGAUUUUAUGGAAAGACCUAACGCAAGCGGCGUGCGUUUAAAAAAUCUUGCUGUGCCUUCGAUAUUUUUUGAGGCUCCUGCUCCUACUAUUACUCCGGAUGUCACUACUUCUGCAAUUGAGUCUGGCACUACUCCUGUUCCUGCUAUGAUCAUGCCUAUUUCAUCGCUGAAUAAAGAAUCUGCCAGCACAAGUGCUAUU